AUGUUUAUCAGUCCGACUGCUCCAGACACCCCUAAAAAUCGAUUUUGGCGCAAAUGCGAGUUGUAUUUCUCAUUAUCGCUAGGACUUUAUGCUGCUUAUGCAAUGAUGAUUGAAUCUUAUUAUUUGUCACAUAAGCUUGCUGAUUCUAAUAAAAUAGUGGGUCUAAAACAAAGUAUUUUGCAUUAAAAUAAUUAUUAUUCCAGUCUUGAGAAAAAAAAAAUAAUAAAUAUGCUGGCAAGCUAUGUUAAAAUUGCUUUGAAAAUAAUCCAAAGCAAUAUACAUUCCCAUGAACCAGCUAUAUAGAUCUGUAUGACGGCCAGCUCAGUUCUUUUAGAGAAAGUCUCCCUCUUCUAUCUCUAUUUGCAUUUGUGUUUAUCGUCUUUAGAAAAAUUCUACUUCGAUUCAAGCCAGAAUUAGAGACUCAACUUACCUAUUAUAUUAUCUUUGGACUAGGGUAUGCAGGAUACAUACAUGGUCCAGGGGUAAUUUAUUUAGUGUUAAUGGUUGCUGUGAAUUAUCCUAUUUCUGGCUUAUCUAUGCUUAUACCAAUAUGAUAAAGCUCCUAUAUCUCAUAUAAAUUUAUUUAAGGCUUACUAUUAGUUAUAUUACAUAAAGCAGACAAAAAAAUAUUUUUUUGGUUGAAAAUUUUGCUGGGAAAAAAUUCUUUGCAAUUUCGAUUUGGGUGCUAAAUUUAGGCUUCCUUAUAAUAACUGAACUCUAUACUGGCUAUAAAUUUGCGUGGUGGUCAUCAAGUCUAGCAUUUUUAGACAGAGUUCCUCAUGAUUUACCAUGGUGGAGAGUCACUAAUCUCUGCAUGCUAAAAGUAAUCAGUUAUGCAAUGGACUAUCAUUGGAGUAUCCUCAAUCUCCCAACGCCUACCAAAGAAAAGCACAAGCUUAUAUGUUCAGAAUGCACAGAAUCAAUAGACUGCUUAGACUAUAGGACAAAGUCUCACGCCUCUCACUAUUCUUUCAAAGCCUUUAUUUCAUAUUUCUUUUACCCACCUCUUUAUUUAGCUGGGCCUACUAUUUCAUAUAAUGCCUGGAUUUCCCAUGUACAAGUCCCUCACUCCUCCCCCUCCGUGAGUUUGUUCACUCACGGAGGGGGGUUAAUUUUUUUUUUUAAAAAAAUUUUUAUAUGAAUUUUUAUAGAAAAUUUUUUUUCGAAAUUUUAAAAAAAUCCGAAUUUGCAAAAAUUGGGAAGCAAAUAUUAAUUAAUUUAUAAAAAUUUAUGUUUUAAAACGCAAUUUGUUUAAAAAUUAAACAGAAUUAGCUCGAGAUUUCAUUAUACUAAUUAUCACUUAUAUAUCAAUGUUUUUUUCAUAAAAAAUUUUUGUUCACCCAUGGAGGGCGAGUUUUUUGGGGAUUUUUCUAAUGGUUUUGUUCAUUCACGGAGGGGGGAGUCAGCAAACUUUUGACGCCAAAAGGCUUGGGAUGUACAUAUUGAGGUUUUUUAUGAUUUACUUUAUACUAUAAGGGAUUAAUUAUGGAUUUAAGCUAUAUUAUUAUCGGUAUUUAUAUAUAGUGGGUAUAUAUUGGAAUGGUCUAUCCACAAUCUUUAUUUUCCAGGAAUUGCCUCCAAUCCUAGAAAUAAGAGAUUAUGGGAACAAUUUAAUGUCUGGGAGCUGAUCGCGACUUCAUAUGUUAUCCUCAAUUGGAUUUGGCUUAAGUUUACAGUGAUUUGGAGAUAUUUCAGAAUCUGGGCUUUGCUUGAUGGAAUUGAAUGUGUGGAAAACAUGGUCCGCUGCAUGUCGAAUAGCUAUUGUUUUGAGCAGUUCUGGAGAAUGUGGCAUCGAUCUUUUAAUCAGUGGCUAGUCCGCUAUCUUUUUGUGCCACUUGGAGGGAGGAAAUAUAAAAUUUUUAUACUUAAAAAAACUACUUUUAGCAUCUAAAUAAAGGCACAAUUCAGGUAAAUAAUAUAAUAAGGUGCAAUCAAUUUGAUUCAUUAUUACUAAUUAUAAUAUAAAAUCAUAUAACAUUUGGGUAGUUUUUGGAUUUGUGGCACUUUGGCAUGAUUUAACCUUAAAACUGCUAGCUUGGGGCUGGGGGAUGUGCAUUUUCAUCAUGCCAGAAGUUCUCGCCAAAGCUUAUUUCCAGCAGCCAAAGUUUGCUGAAUUUAGAAAAACGCUUACCUACAACUGGUUAUGUGCUUUUGGCGGAGGAUUUUAUAUCGUCCUUCUAAUGAUGGCAAACCUCAUAGGAUUUUCAUUUGGAAUUGAAGGGUUUUAUAUCGCAAUGAGAGAGUUUUCGACACCUGAAGGGAGUUGGAUGCUGUUUAAGUUUACGAUUUACCUUGGCUUUUGUGUUCACUUCAUGUUCGCACAGAGAAAAGCUGAGGAGAAGUUUAAAGGAUUUUAG